AUGCUGUGGUCUGACCCCCGAACCGAGUCCCAGCCCCCGGACCCCCAGCAGACCGUGUGGACCCGCAGCAGACCGUGUGGACCCCCAGCAGACCGUGUGGACCCGCAGCAGACCGUGUGGACCCCCAGCAGACCGUGUGGACCCGCAGCAGACCGUGUGGACCCGCAGCAGACCGUGUGGACCCGCAGCAGACCGUGUGGACCCCCAGCAGACCGUGUGGACCCGCAGCAGACCGUGUGGACCCCCAGCAGAGCAGCAGACCGUGUGGACCCGCAGCAGACCGUGUGGACCCGCAGCAGACCGUGUGGACCCCAGCAGACCGUGUGGACCCGCAGCAGACCGUGUGGACCCGCAGCAGCACCGGUGGACCCAGCAGACCGUGUGGACCCGCAGCAGACCGUGUGGACCCGCAGCAGACCGUGUGGACCCCGCAGCAGACCGUGUGGACCCGCAGCAGACCGUGUGGACCCGCAGCAGACCGUGUGGACCCGCAGCAGACCGUGUGGACCCGCAGCAGACCGUGUGGACCCGCAGCAGACCGUGUGGACCCGCAGCAGACCGUGUGGACCCGCAGCAGACCGUGUGGACCCGCAGCAGACCGUGUGGACCCGCAGCAGACCGUGUGGACCCGCAGCAGACCGUGUGGACCCGCAGCAGACCGUGUGGACCCGCAGCAGACCGUGUGGACCCGCAGCAGACCGUGUGGACCCCGCAGCAGACCGUGUGGACCCGCAGCAGACCGUGUGGACCCGCAGCAGACCGUGUGGACCCGCAGCAGACCGUGUGGACCCGCAGCAGACCGUGUGGACCCGCAGCAGACCGUGUGGACCCGCAGCAGACCGUGUGGACCCGCAGCAGACCGUGUGGACCCUCAGCAGACCGUGUGGACCCCGCAGCAGACCGUGUGGACCCGCAGCAGACCGUGUGGACCCGCAGCAGACCGUGUGGACCCUCAGCAGACCGUGUGGACCCUCAGCAGACCGUGUGGACCCGCAGCAGACCGUGUGGACCCGCAGCAGACCGUGUGGACCCGCAGCAGACCGUGUGGACCCGCAGCAGACCUGUUUGUUUACUGCUAGCUUUAGCCGUAGCCUCCGCCGCUUCACGAACCUCUGA